AUGAAUCACUCAUAUUGGUCUAAAGUUCAAACUCAGCUCAGUCAGUUAGACCCACAGAGACACCGCUUUCAGAGGCUCUGUGUCUGUGUGUGAGAGGGAGAAGGAGAAAGAUGGAUAUCCUGGAGACGGACGCUUACGAUAGGAGACAGCGCAGGAAUACGUCCUGUGUGCUGUUUCUUUUCCUCUUACCUUUCUUCGCUUCUGCAGCUCUGUAUUUCUACCUGUGGAUCCCAGAUUCCGCUCCGUCCAUCCUGGCCGCAGGUGUGAAGGCAGCCCCUGUGCUCUCAUUGGCAUUCGUGGUGCUGAAAUACAACGGAGGAGGGAGCCUUCUGGGCGUGGCUGGAGGACUGGUGAUGUCAGCGGGAGGAGACAUCUGUCUCAUCUGGCCAGAUCUCUUCCUCAUGGGAAUGGCCUUCUUUGCUGUGGCCCACCUACUGUACUCUCUUUCAUUCCUUACUUCACAUUAUUCCUCUCAAUCCUCUUCUUCCUGUGGCCUUUACUUCUUCUACCUCCUGCUCUGGGGAGCAGGUGGUGGAAUUUACUUAUAUCUCCUGCCCUUCCUAAAGAAGUCUCCGGCUCCUGAACUUUUUGUCCCAGCCGUUGGAGGUUAUGUGCUUCUCAUUGUUCUAAUGACGACUUUUGCGGCACGAACGAGGCGGCCUCUGAUUCUGCUGGGUGGCCUGGUCUUCAUGGUGUCUGAUUUCACCCUCGCCCUGCAGCAGUUCAAAGUGGUUGAGCAUCUGGAUUAUGGCAAGCAUAUUGUCAUGACAACAUAUUACCUGGCCCAGCUGCUGAUCGCCAUUGGUGACGUAAAGACGAUGAUGGGAAAGCAGGCUGAAGAGCUCCUCAAGUUUAAGAGGUUAUAGGGGCUGCAUGCAGACGUGGGCAUGUGGGACUUACGCGGAUUUCGUACAGACAGACAUAAUAUGAAUCAUUACUUACAGGAGAUUCUGUAUUUCUAUGUUUACAUAAUGUAUAGGUCUGUAUUAUUUAAAUACGUUCUGUAGGAUUUAAAGGGUUCGUGAACAUUUAUAGCUACUGACCAUGCUUAUCACCUGUGCACAAACUAGGACAUGUCCAAUCAUUGAAAACCAAACAACAAAAACUUUCUAUGUAAGAAGCAUUGAAUAAAGUUGGGAAGUGU